AUGGAUCAGAUACAUCGUCAAUACUUUGAUCAGUUCCCCUUCGUUCCUAACGAUCCUGGAAUUCAAGUACAAGUAGAUAUGCAAGAUGAAGAGAACGUUGAGAACUCAUUACCUUCCACGCCAUUAGAUGACUCUCACUUUGAUCAUUCACUUCCAGGAUCAACGGAAGAUGAUGAUGCCACUUCUUGUCAAGUAAAUAAGGAUAACGAGGGUGCUGAAGAUAUAUCCAGAUCAGGAUCCACGAAUACAGAUGAAGAUGGGAUGGAUAUUCCUUCAAACUCGAAAAUGACUUUAGAAACGAAAGAAGAGUCUCAGAUCAACGACAGUGACGAAGAAGAUAGAUUAUGUAGAAUAUGUUUCUCAGGUCAAGAAGAAGAGGUCAAUUCAGGUAAAAUGAUCUCACCCUGUCUCUGUACAGGCAGUAUGCGACACGUCCAUGUCAAUUGCCUCAAUGCUUGGAGAGGGACAGGUACGAACGCUAAGGCACAUAUGGAAUGCCCACAAUGUCAUUAUCGUUAUCAACUGCGUAGAACUCUGAUAUCUGGUCUAGCAACUUCCAGACCUAUUCUUCUACUCUCCACCCUUAUCUCUUUCGUCUCACUUACACUCCUUCUCGGUCAGAUUCUACAUCUGGUUCUACAUCAUUCACCUACUAUAUCACGUACAUUGCUAUCCCGAACAUCACGUUCACCCGUCACCUCGAUCUUUGAUCUAAUGGAUGAUCCAUAUGGUGCUAUCGAUAACGGUCCAGUCAUCGUUGUCGGUGGUGGUGGAGCAUUGGUUUGGGAUAUAUUCAUAGCUGCCAUUCAAACUUUUAUAGGUAUAUCAGAAAGGUUUUCGACAUAUAGAAAUAAAUUAUCUUCAAACCUUCUAAUAUCUGGACCUUUAACCACAUUCGGUUUCGAAUUGGUCAUUCGAUUCUUAUUGGGAUUGGCGAUGUUGGGGUCAAUGUCAUUCCUAUCAUUGAUAUUCACAUUAUCAUUAUUUGGCCCAUUACAAUUAGUGAAUGGAUUGAGAGGAUUUGGAUUUUUGGGUAAUUGGGGUAGAAGAAGAGUUCGUACAGGUGGUGGUGGAACCAAUGGGAAUGGAAAUACAUCAAUAGGAACGAUCAUGAUCGUUCUAUUAGUCUUGAUAGGUGCCGUCAAUACUUUAUUCCAAGUUUACGCGGGUGUCAGAUCAGUAACUCACAGAUUAUUACUCUACGUCGAAACUCAAAUACUGGAAGUGAACGCAGAAGAAAUUCGUCAAAAGAGGAAAGAAAGAGAAAAGAAGAAAAGACAAGAGAAAUGGUGGAUCAGAUGGUUCAAAGAUGGUCAAUAUAUGACAAUCCAAGGUUGGAAAGAAUUAUAUAUUAGAUCAAGCAUACAAUUCGAUAGGCUGGUCGAAAGGUUCUCCAGAGGUGUAGAAGAAAAUGAUCAUCAACAAUGA